AAUGAAAGAAAAGUAUUUAGGUAAAGGAUUGUUUUCAACUGAAACUGCUAAACAAAAAGCUGAGCUUUUGGGCGCUGAAUUUAUUGGUUUAUUUGAUAUUCAAUUUGGGGAUAUUGAUGUAAAACGAAAUGAUAACCAAAAACAACUUCAACCUUAUGAAAUUAAGGAUGUUUCUCUAAUUAAACAGGAACACAAUUUGGCAAAAGAAAUACAAUUUUCGCCUGCACUAUCCGAUAAAACUCAAAGUAGCAUCGCAGAUGUAACUUAUGAUAAUUUACCAGGCAAAUAA